UCCUGCCGAGCAGUGCGGCUUAGUCGUUCCGAGCUGAGUCUCCGCUUGAGGCAUCCCUGGAAAUCGCCGCGUUCCGUUCCUGCCCGCGGCUGUCCGGAAAGCUUUGGAAUCGCGGGCCGGGGCGAGCGGCAGCGUGGGCUGCGGGCGGCGGCGGGCGCAGUCCCAGCGCGCACCGCUGGGUGGUGCCCUCGGCCAAGGCGGCGCCGAGCGGCUGCGGCAGCGGAGGCGGCCGAGCCCGGAGCAGCGCAGAGCAGCUGAGAUUAGAGCAGCGCAGAGCAGCUGAGAUUAGACCAGACCAGAGCAGCCGGGUUAGACCGAGCGCAGCCCAGAGCAGAGCAGAGCAGCCGGUCGCAACCCGAACGAGCUUAGAUCAGCCCAGCUCAGCCGGGCGGAGGUGGCAGCGGCAGCGGUGGCGAGCGCUGCCCUGUGUCCCCCGCUGCCGGGACACCCCGGCUGCUUUAGGCGCCGCCGCCGGAACUAGCGACAGAGAGGAAAAGCGGUCGCAUCGCACUCGGCCGCUUUCCGCGGGGAAUCGCCCGAGACAGCCGCGACACCGACACCGGCCGCCGCCGCCGCCGCCGCGCCAUGGCGAUCGCAAGGCAAGUGCUCUGUGUCUGUGCUUUGCUGUCGCUGCCGCACGCUCGCGCCGAGCCCAUCCGCUACUCCGUGGCCGAGGAGGCGGAGAGCGGCUCCCUUGUAGGCAAGCUGGCGGAGGACGCGGGGCUGACGCCGGCGCAGCUCUCGGCUCGUCGCGCCCGCCUGGUGUGGGAGGACGGGCGGCAGCAUUUUCGCUUAGAGCGCGCCUCCGGCCGCCUCGUCGUGGCGGCCAGGCUGGACCGGGAGGAGCUGUGCGCCCAGGCCGCCACCUGCAUGCUCCCCUUCGAGCUGCUGCUCUCCAACCCCCUGCAGUUCUUUCGGGUCGAGGUGGCUCUGGAGGAUAUCAAUGACCACUCUCCCGUCUUCCCCGAGGAAAAAGUCAGUUUUGACAUCCUGGAAACGGCCGACCCGGGCUCUCGUUUCCCCCUGGAGGUGGCUCGCGACCUAGAUAUUGGUAGCAACAGCAUACAGACUUACAGCAUUUCUCCCGAAAACGAGUUUUUCCGUGUUUCCUACGGAAGCCGGAGUAAUGGUGACAAAUAUGUUGAACUUGUUUUAGAAAAGGCUCUAGACAGAGAGGAGCAGGCAGAGAUGGAUUUCAGUGUCAUUGCUGAAGAUGGAGGCUCUCCUCCCAGAAGUGGGACAAUUGAGAUCUCUGUUGUCAUUCUAGAUGUAAAUGACAAUGCUCCUGUCUUCACACAAGAGGGUUUUAUUGGAAAGGUUUUGGAGAACGUGCCAGAAGGUUCUGUGGUUCUGACUGUGCUGGCAACUGAUCCAGAUGCAGGAGUGAAUGGGGACAUUUCCUAUCAACUCAGCCAAGCAGUGGGACAGAGUGACGCAGCAUUUGUGAUUGAUCCCACAACUGGUGAAAUUAAACUCACAAAACCUCUGGACUUCGAGGCAGCACAGACUCAUGAGUUCAGUGUGAGGGCCAGAGAUGGGGGAGGUCUCUCAGCAAUCUGCAAAGUGUUGGUGGAGGUGGUGGAUGUGAAUGACAAUGCCCCAGAGCUGGUGGUCAGUUCCUUCAGCAGUCCCCUCCCCGAGAACACAGCGCCGGGCACAGUGGUGGCCCUGUUUUCCGUCAGGGACCGGGAUUCUGGUGCAAACGGCAAGAUCUCCUGUGCCCUGGAGGAUCAGCUCUUCUUCUCCCUGCGGCCGGCCUAUAAGAAUUACUAUGAGCUGGUGACAGUGAGCGCGCUGGACCGCGAGGAGACGGCUCAGCACGUGCUGAGGGUCACAGCAGCAGAUGCGGGCUCGCCUGCUCUCACAAGCACGCACACCUUCAGCGUGGACAUCUCGGAUGUCAACGACAACGCGCCCGUCUUCAACCAGACCUCGUACACCAUGUAUGUGCGUGAGAACAAUGUCCCCACAGCGUUUGUGGGAGCCGUCAGCGCCGCCGAUGCGGACGAGGGGCUCAAUGCCAAGGUGACCUAUUCCCUGGCGCCAGCGCAAGCGGCAGAGCGGCCCUGGUGCUCCUGCAUCUCGGUGGACUCGGAGAAGGGACACGUGUUUGUGCUGCGGCCCCUGGACUACGAGCGCUUGAGGCAGGCCGAGGUGACGGUCAGUGCCUCUGACGCGGGCUCUCCUCCCCUCAGAGCCAACGUCACCGUCCGCCUGCUGGUGCUGGACCAGAAUGACAAUGCGCCGCUCGUGCUGUACCCAGGCCAGGACGGCAGCCCGGCGCCCGCCGAGCUGGUGCCCGUGUCGGCCGAGGCGGGCUACCUCAUCACCAAAGUGGUGGCCGUCGAUGCCGACUCGGGACAGAACUCGUGGCUCUCCUACCACCUGCUGAGGGCCACCGAGCCCGGGCUCUUCAGCGUGGCUCUGCAAAGCGGGGAGGUGCGUCUCAGGAGGCCCGUGACAGACAGAGACAGCGUGAAGCAGAAGCUCGUUGUCCUGGUCAGAGACAACGGCCAGCCCCCGCUCUCAGCCACCGCAGCUCUCAGCGCCCUCCUGCUCAAGGACUUCUCUGACGUGCGCCUCCCGCACAGCAGCGCCGCCACAGAGGAUCAGGACGGCUCCCUCACCACCUAUUUAAUCAUUUCCUUGGUCUUUGUCUCGCUCCUCUUCCUCGUCUCCAUCGCACUCUUUGUGGCUCGCAAGGUGUGCAAGAGAAAGGAGCUGGAGGCUGGCCCUGUGCUUUAUGGUGCCGACAACUUGCAGAGCGGCCUGGCCGAUGCAGCCGCUGCAGGGAGCCUGCCCCGCGCCUAUUGCUACGAGAUCAGCCUCACCACGGGCUCGGGCAACAGCGAGUUCAGAUUCCUCAAGCCCAUCGUCCCCAGCCUGCCCCCACAGCACUGUGCCACGGGCCAGGGCCCUGAUGAGGAGCAGGAUUUCCCCUGUGUCCCUGUCAGCACCGAGGACAUGGCCCCAGACAAUCGUGGCACUCUCUCUGCAGGACAGUUCAAUGCUCUUUCCUUCAACUAGCUGGGGUGUGCACAGACAGAGGCUUCAUGGCUCCUGGUAGAAAGAGAUCUGGACUGUAACCUCUGACAAUGGUUCCUCCAGAAAAAAACUGGUUUUGCAAUUUGGAUAACCAUUUUCUCUCUCAGUCUAAGUCAGAAUAAAAGAAUUCACCUUCUCCAAAGACAGAAAGAAAUAAAAAGCAAUCAGUCUCUCCCUCCAGCAGUAAUACAGUUGGGCUCUGUUAUUGUUAUUUCUGAAUUGCUUUAAGAAGAGAGCAUAGAAGAAGAAUUGCUUUAAGAAGAGAGAGCUCCAGCUAUUCUCCUUGUCAGAGUCCAGGACAUCCCUCUGGCCACCUUGGAGGCUUUGGAGACCUGACAGGAGAUCUGGGAUCUGUCAAAGGGGCUCAGCCGGCCUCACAUAGAGCCCAGGAGGACACUGCUUCUGAUCCCUGUCCAUGGGAGUCAAUGCACGCAUUGUUUGAAGAAUCACAAGCUGAGAGAAUUCAAAAUAAUUAGUAGCUAGUUUAUCACAGAGUGUAAAUGUAGAAUCUAAAAUAUUUAGUAUAUGGGCUUGAAGAGACAAGAUGGAGGAAUUGGGGAGUGGUUCUGUCCUCCUUGUUCUUGUUCUUUUCCCCCAUUUUCUGCUGAGUUGUAUCACAAGGAUUGGUUUAGAGUAGAAAUGACAUGUUAGCAUAGGUAGUGAACACUGGUAAGAUAUUGUAAAUAAAAAGUUCAUUGUGGAUGGUGGUUGGACCAGGGAAAUGGUACAAAAGAUCGGGGACCCUCUGAUCUGCCCCUGUCUGCCGCAUGUCCUGCUGUGCUGGUGAUGCCCUGCAGAGCUGAGAAAGAACUGAGAGAUAAUGAAGAAUAAACAACCUUGGAAACACGCACUGGCAGACUCUGUUUGUCUUCUCUGACUCUGGCGUUGAACCUUUCGGGCAAGAAAAGCUCAAAAACCUUAUUAACUAAGGGAACAGCAACCCCGAG